UGCAGCUGGGGAUCACGUGAACGUUAUCUGGAAAUGUCUUCCACUGGACAUAGGUGUCCUGGGUAUGGGGUUCGUUUCUUAAUUUCAUGCUGUUUUAUCAGAUUGAACCCGGAGGCGAGCGACAAUGCUGCAGCAGUCAAGCUUCUUCUUAAAGUGUUGAAUUUCGAGGAAUUUGUUGUCAAAGAAGGCUGGGUUGUUAAAGAAAGUGGACAAGCUGUCCUUGGUCAGACGAACUGGCGCAAACGAUGGUGCCGGCUUGUAAGAGGUUCGAAUGGAGCCUCUUGGUCAUAUUACAGGAAAAUGGAUGAUAUUGCAUUAAACCAACCAGCUGGACGGAUAGAACUUAAUUCCACAUAUGCUGCACGUGAACUUGAAGAAGGAGAAAGAAAGAAGAAACCAAACUGCUUUGCUCUUGGUCCAGUGUUUGAUGAUUUUGCCAAGAGAACUUACUACAUUAGCUGUGAAACUAUGGAUGAUAAGCUAAGCUGGAUGGAAGUACUCAAUGCAGCAACAGAAUCUUUGCAAGCAGAGCCACAAGACAAAUUUGAAAAGAGGAAAAAAAGUGUGCGACAGAGGAUGACAAGACGAUCUAGAAAACCAUCUAGUAGGCGGCAAGGAGAAAAUGAUUCCAAGCAAGAAGUUUGUUUGGAUCCUGUUCAGAGAAUGGAGUUUUGGGCAAGACUCUGUCAAAUCAUUGAGAGUGAGAAUUGGAAGAAGACUGACACCAAGAAUGGAGUAACAGUAUCACGACUAAGCUUUACACAUAACGACAAGGCUGCUGUAAAGAUUGAAGGUGUCAUCCCUGUACCUCCAGACAUUGCAUUUGAUUACCUUCAGCUUGCAAUGAAAAAGGGAGGCAAGCUAGACCAACCUUUUCGAGGAGAAGAAGUUUUACAAAAAGUAGAGGAGUCAAUUCCACACGUCAGCAUCGUAUAUAAUAAAUACAGUGUUCCUCUGCCAAGUGCUGCCCCCAGAGAUGUAUGUCUCCAAAGAAUGUGGAUACCAUCGUACUUAACUAGAAAUGGAACAUCAGGAAUGGUGUUAUGGUCAACGUAUCAUUCCCACAUUCCACAAGUUCAGGGGUUCACAAGAGUGCUUGCAGACGUAUCUGGAUUUGUGUUAUCACCUCACACUUCAUCAGAUUCUUCAGUUCACACAAAUGCAGCAAUACUGAUUCAAAUUGACGUCCGAGACUCGUUGCAGACGAUGCUGGAAGGUAGCUACAAAUCAGGUCUGUUGAAGGUUGGUUUAAGAACUGCUUUCGCUCACAUCAGUAACCUGGUGGAACAAUACUACAAAUGCGUUCAAGGAUAACUAUGUGAAAGACGCCGAGUUCAAAUUAAAAUUAGGGGUUCUCAAGAUAUCGAAGUUUAACCCUUUAACUCCCAUGAGUGACCAAGACAGAAUUUCUCCUUACAAUAUCAAUACAAUAUCGAGCAGACAAGUGAUGAGAAUAAAGAAAAAUCUUAAUUAGGGGAUUAUUAGUUGAUCCAAUGCCAAAUUCUCCAAACUAACAUCAGAACUGUACAGCAGACCGUAAGGAGAAUUACAAAUGACAUAUUGGGAGUUAAAGGGUUAAAGUAUCCAAAUAGAGUAAAGGGUCUGUAUUACUUGUACAGAUGAUAUAAACAAACAAGAAAGUGCAUGUUAUUUAAUAAGUAAUAUAUAAAUUAAUAAAGAUGGAA